AUGAAAAAUUAACUAUAUGAAGACGAAUCCUAGAUGCAAACAAUUGAUUACAUUUAUGAAGAAUUUAGAAAAGAAGUAUAUUCUCUAAGUUAAAAAUUAGUUUGAUUAAAUACUUAAUAAAUGCUAAGCCUUUGAUCAUUGUACCUAUAUUAUAGAUUACUACUAUAAUUUUAAAACAGGUCUUAAAGAACAAAUUAAUAAACUCGACUCAAAUACAAGGGUAAUUAAAUAGUUAUAAUUAGUUAUCUAAAUAACUUCGUUAGUUAGACGAUACUUCAGAAAAAUCGCCUGAAAUUAUCAAUAUGCUUAAUGAAUAUGAAGAAUGUAAGAUUUCAUCCAAAAUUUCUAGAUCGUUUUCCCUCUUAAGUCUAAUUGGUUAAGACUUUCAAAUCCUUUGCUCCAAAAGCAGCUUAGAAGAAAAAAACAGUGAAAUUGUGUGAAAGUCUUAUGAUUGAGGAAAAUUAAGCUAAUGUCCAAAAUAGUUUGAGAAUUAGCCAAUUGUAAGUAAUUUAAGAAGAGAAUCCAAUUGAGGAUGAAGUUAUACAAAAUAAAUUUGAACUAGAAGUUGUUGAAUCUGAAAUUCAUUUGAAAAACAACUUCCAUUAAAAUAAGAUUAGCAUUAAUCCAGAAUAAGAAGAGUUAAAUCAAUUAGAAAUAAGAAUGGAAUAUGCAAAAAGUCUCUAUCAAGAAGCCCUAUUGGAUGAAGCUUUAGAGAUCACUUAAGAUAUUUUCCUUAAAUUAAAUAAUAAACAAGCUCAAUGGUUUAAGGAGAAAAAUUACUAGGAAUUCUAUGAGAAUUUGCAAGAGAAAAAACUCCUUCUUACAUAGAAUUUGAAUGAAUUAGAGUCAGGAGGGUGGAGAAUAGAAAAAUAAACACAAAAUCUUAUCAUAAAAUAUAAACUAUUUGAAGAAGAAUAAACAGUAACUGUUUAUUUAGAUUCUGUAUUUGAAGCAAACAUUACAAAGUUGAUGGCCCUUAUAAAUGAAAUCGAUUUAUAUUAGAAUUAUGUCCCUUUUUGCCAAAGAUCCUCUAUGAAUAAAUAAUUAACUAAAACAUGCAAGAUUUGUGAUAUAAUAGUUUACUUUCCAUUCAUUUCCGAUAGAAGGGCAGUAUUUGUUGGCGAGGGAAUUGAUAGGCUUAUGAUCAAUGGAACGAUAGUCUUUGUUUGCAAGUCUAUUGAUCAUAAUAUCGACUAUCAAUAAAAGCAUGACAUUCAUAUUGAAACAAAUAAAAAACUUGUUAGUUUGAUCAUCAAUUACUAUAUAUUUGAAUUGACUCCUAUAAAUGAUAAUAAAUGCAGAGUUCGUGCUAUUACUAAUUCAAAUCCUUAGGUUAAAUAUCUUCCUAAUUGGCUUAUUGGGUAUUUGGCCAGAAAAGUAUUUAUAUUAUCAAUAUCUAGAUGGCACAUGAAUUAUUUGAAAGAAUGGAAAGGAUCACCAAGAAUUUUGAGAAAUCCCCAUGGUUUGAAAAAUAUAAUCAAAACAUCUAAUUUUAUUAGUGGAUUGACUAGAAAGUAUAGAAAUACUUUGAAUUACGUUAAAAAUGA